UCUCUGGGUGCUUGGAUAUCUUUUUUUUUUUCUCGCUCUCCUCUCUCUCUCACUCUCUCUCUCUUCAGGAUUUCUCUCCCACUGCCACAGAUCACUGUGCAGUAUCUCCGUCUGUAUGAGUGAAGUUGUCUGAACACACAAGAGUGCAUUUCUGCUUCCUGAGCUGGAUUUAUGUGCCUCAACUUGGGCACGAAGCGCAUCUUUUCAAAAGGACGGAACGGUACCUUAUUCAACACAUGCACGUUAACAAAAAUAAAUAAAUAAAAGUGAUUUUCUUGAUUGAUUUAUAAUUGCACUCACGAUUACACACACAUACAGACAGACACACACACAUAAUAUAUGUAUAUAAUCUGCAACGGAAAGAAAAGUGGAAGCCACGGAGAGUGCUACUUCAAACAAACUGGAUCUUCUUGGCUUUUUGGAUGCAGUUUAAAGGGAGUGUGCGGCGGCAGUGUCAAGGAUUUUAUUUGUACUAAAUCUGAAAGUAGACCAUGCUGUGGAUCGGGGCUAUCUUUUGCACGCUGUCCGUGUUGUCACGUUCAGUCGUGGCGGAUCUGAAAGCGCGGAGCUGCGUGGAGGUCAGGCAGGCUUACUCCGCCAAAGGCUUCAGUCUUGUCAAUGUCCCUCAUCAGGAGAUAUCAGGGGAACAUCUGCGGAUCUGUCCUCAGGGAUACACAUGUUGCACAUCUGAAAUGGAAGACAAACUAAGCCAACAAAGCAAAUUGGAGUUUGAAAAUCUUGUGGAAGAAACAAGUCACUCAUUACGCACAACAUUUGUAUCCCGGCAUAAAAAAUUUGAUGAAUUCUUCCGUGAACUUCUGGAAAACACAAAGCGGUCCCUUAAUGAUAUGUUUGUGAAGACAUAUGGUCAAUUGUACAUGCAAAACUCAGAAGUCUUUCAGGACCUUUUUGCUGAGUUGAAGAGAUAUUACACUGGUGGGAAUGUCAACCUUGAAGAGAUGCUGAAUGAUUUUUGGGCUCGGUUGUUGGAGCGAAUGUUUCAACUAGUGAACACUCAGUACCACUUUACUGAAGACUACUUGGAGUGUAUAAGCAAAUAUACUGAUCAGCUUAAACCUUUUGGGGAUGUGCCCAGAAAACUCAAUAUACAGGUUACUAGAGCAUUUAUUGCUGCCCGCACUUUUGUCCAAGGGCUAACUGUUGGAAGAGAAGUGGCCAAUAGAGUGUCUAAGGUCAGUCCAACACCUGGGUGCAUCCGAGCCCUUAUGAAGAUGUUAUACUGUCCAUACUGCCGUGGGAUACCAGCCCUAAAACCCUGCAACAACUACUGUUUAAAUGUAAUGAAGGGAUGCCUUGCAAACCAAGCUGAUCUUGACCCUGAGUGGAAUCUUUUCAUUGAUGCAAUGCUAUUGGUGGCAGAGAGGCUAGAGGGGCCAUUCAACAUUGAGUCUGUUAUGGAGCCCAUUGAUGUCAAGAUAUCAGAAGCCAUCAUGAAUAUGCAGGAUAACAGCAUGCAAGUCUCCUCAAAGGUUUUUCAAGGAUGUGGACAACCCAAGCCUGCCAACUCUGGAAGGUCUUCACGGGCCGUUUCCGAUGUAUUUAACCAUCGUUUUAGACCAUACAGUCCAGAGGAGAGACCAACCACAGCUGCAGGAACAAAUCUGGAUAGACUGAGGACAGUAUGGAAGACGAUGCAACACAGCGUAAUUGAUAUAAAAGAAAAAUUAAAGCAGUCCAAAAAGUUCUGGUCUAUCUUACCCGACAGCAUCUGCAAUGAUGUAAAAGUGACAAGUGGCAAAUUAAAUGAAGAAGACUGCUGGAAUGGACACACGGAAGGAAGGUACUUGCCUGAAGUGAUGAACAGUGGCCUGACUAAUCAGAUUAACAACCCUGAAGUUGAGGUGGACAUCACAAGACCUGACACAUUCAUCCGUCAGCAGAUCAUGGCUCUCAGAGUAAUGACUAACAAGCUCAAGAAUGCUUACAAUGGAAAUGAUGUCAAUUUUCAAGACACGAGUGAUGAAACCAGUGGAUCUGGAAGUGGCAGCGGCUGCACAGAACCAUGCAACACUGAAUUCUUCAUCCCAACGGAAGCCUCCCCAAUUGGCGCUACCCGGAAUGAAGGGAAAUCUUCAGCAGGCAAACCAGGUUUUUCCAUAGUACUCACCGUGUUCCUUAGCUGCACAAGCCUUCUAGUGCUAAGGCAAUGGAGAUAAUGGUUGUGGCCAUGGAUGGACAGCAGACUUUUCAGUGUUGGACACUCUUUGGGAAAUAAAACAGUUUCAAAAUGGAGGGCACAGUUCUGCAUCCUGCUUCCCCUUUUCCAAAGAAUGCUUGGUGCCAUCUUGAAGCAGCUUAUGCCAAACUGCUUGUUCUUUCCUCCAGACCUUGCUCAAGAUGCUCUCCGGGAGAAGAACUUAAUUUUCAAGACUUUCUUUCAAAGAAAAAAAAAAUAUAUAUAUUUUUUUUCUUUUAUACAACAGAUAUGGGACUCUCUCUCCGAGACUAAUACUGAACUCUGUUCACAUAUCUGAAAAGGUCUUGUACUCGCAUAAACCUUACCACACAAAAAUGUUGCUAAUCACUGUGACCAUGCCUUUGAAUCUUAAUAGUAAGAAUUCUGAAGACUGGAGUGACACCACACAAAGGACCCAUUAGGCCAGCCGUGUAAGAAACACACGAGUGAUUCUGUUAGGUUUGGGGUUUGAUUCAUCCGAAGUGAAAAGAAUUCCCAGCAUCAUAUUCACACACCUCAUAAAGUCCAUUUCGGUUCCUUCUGCUUUCCUCAUAAACACAGGCUCAUUUGUAUUGUUAAGUAGCGGGGUGGGAGGGUUGUCAUUUUACAUCAGAGUGCAUUUUCUUAUUGGUCAAAAUUCUUAACUAUUUUCAUAUCAUAAGAGUGACAAAAGAUGCUACUUUUUAAAUUGGGCAAUAUUUUUAAGUACAGUAUUUGGAAGUUUAUAUGCAUUAGGUAAAACUGAUUUCAACCCACUAAUGCCUGAGUUUUUAUAAUUCAGAUUAUUCUUUGUGUACUUGUACGCUGAUGGGAUUUACAAAACUUUAUAGCUUGCUUUACAGGAUACCUUUAGCUAUUUCAAGGAGAAAAUAAAUUAAAAAAAAAAAAACAAAAAACCCUGCAUCUUGUAUGGUGCACUCAGUACAUUUAAGUGCGUAGUUUAGAUUCAUUACAAGAAUGAGUAUCUAACGCUAUAUCACAGUAUCAUAUCGAUAAAAGCUUUUGUUGUAUAGCAGCUAGCUCAAAUUAAGCACUUGCAGCUGACACGUUCUGAACUAAACAAACAAUUCGAUGCUUUGCCAUCAUUUCUUGACUUCAUAACUAUGUCUACAGUAAAAUGAAAAAAGAUGCCACUUUUUUGACAAUCACUGUUAGUAUAGCAGCAUACUUGCAACACCAGAAUUUGCAGCUCAAAGCUUAUAGUGGCCAUUAAACAAUGGAGUCAGCUCUCAGUCCUUCUAGGACACUCACACAACUGUACCUUUAUGUUCAAAGUGAGGAAGAAGACUGUUCAUCUGCUUUAUUUGGAAAGACACAUCUUAAGAUUUCUCUUAUAUUAUUACAGGGCUGCACCGAAUACGUAGAAUGCCUCCCAUCUACAAGUUUAACAUGGAACACAAAAAUAGGAAAAAAUCAACGUCCACAGUGCAAAUCACCCGAUGUGCACACACUGCAAAGUCUCAUUCUACCCCACCAUUCCGGUCCAUCUUGUUGCUGCAUAUACAAUAUCCAUGACAGUGAAUUACAUCGCUCUUACAGAACUUCCUUAUGGCAAAUGCACUUAGGGAAGAAGUUUUGAGCUGCUGCAUUAUCAAAAACCCAUUAUGAACAAAUCAGGAGCAGAAAUGUAUUUCUUCUUUUAAGCCUUCUUAUUAAUCAUCUAUUUUUAUAGCCACAGAUUUUAACUAAUUUACUUGUUAGCUCAGGGUUGACAUAUAUGUAGACAUGUACCGUGUUUUGUCAACCAGUUUUGAAACCAUAUACUCAUAUGUUGUAAAAUCUUUCAUCAGUCCAUCUAUCCAUCUUGUUUUCCUGUAACCAUUUGAUGUUCCAUUUAUAAUACUGUCAUACUCCAUAGUCAAAAAUAAUCUUAGUUGCUGUUUAAUGGGUUUAAAAGUCAGAUUUUUGUGUGCUCAGAUCUUUUUCACUUAAUUUACAUUGUCUGUGCUUUUUAAAGAAAAAAAAUUUAAGCAUAACCCAUUUUAGAUCCAUAUCACUGAAAUGAUGGCCAAACUCGCAGCCGAUGAUGUAAAAGAAAUGAAGAGCAUAUGUGUCUUACAUUGUGAUUUGUAAUAAACCCUAACCUGUUUGUUCUUUGAACUGCAAAGUAUGUCGUAAAAUACCCUGGACAUAAAUGACUAUAAAUCAUUUUACACAAAA